AUGGAGACUGAGAAAAAUGGGCUUACUUCGAUCUGGGUUCGUGGUCCGUCAACAGCCGCACAUUUCCGCAUAAUGGGACUGAAACGUCCCGUGGAUCUGGAUGAAAGUUACCAACUCUUUAUAAUAUCCUGCGAGGACACGGUCCAGCCCAGUUCGGGGGUUUGCACCGCCCUCCUGGCUCUGACGACUGCGCUUUCAGAAAAGGAUGUCAGCGUUGUAACGAUUCACGAUUGCAGCAUCAUAUACGAUGUCCAUUUCUACUCCAUGGUCCACCUCGAGACCAGGAUGGGACGGAACGACUUCAUGACCAACCAUCGCCACAGUUUACACUGGGUUUUGCAGAACCUCCAUGGGAAUUCUACGAUAGAUGGGAUGAGGGCUGCAUUAUAUGACACGAUAUUACACUUUAUCUUCCCGUCUUUCGCGGCAAAGAGACGGGAAAUCCUUCCUCUGCUUAGGCGUCUACUUGAACUGCAAAGUCUUUCAGACGAAUCGCCAACAUUGGCCGAGUCAAUAUCUGCGGUUGCAGAGAGAAUUUGUCCGGAAUUUGAUCCGGUUAUUCAGGACAACUACUUUCACUUGACCAUCAAGAACGAGAAAAUGUAUCGGGACUGGAACACCUGGAAAGAUGGACCACCUUCCGAAUCGCCCUUUAAUAGACUCAACGAGAAUUCACCAAGUCUGGAAGUGAACUACUUCGACUCACUUACACAGGAUAAGAAUAAGUGGACUUCACUCGGCAACAGAUACAACCCGAAACGGCCCGAGUUCUGGAAAAGACCUGUCUUUCCAGUUAUGCUGCGGUUUUAUGUCAACUAUCUCUUGCCACUCAUCAAGGAUACCACCAUGUUUAGGGCAAUGUGUUAUGCGCGUGAGUUCAACAUCCUUUUGAACGAGGAUUUUGAAACUCCCAUGGCUCGCAAACCAACGCCUGAAGACUCUUGUGUCUUUCUCGAAGGCUGGGUUCGUGGUCUUCUUGAUGAACUUGGUCUUCUGUGGUCAUUGGAGAGAAUCACCAUUGUAUGA